AUGGCAAAUAAGAGAAGGAGAAACAAUGCCAGAGCUAACGAGAUUGCACAAGCAUUCCACAUAAUGGUUGAUGUUAUGAAGCCUGUUGUAGUGCAACCAAGAGCCAUGGUUCCACCAACUAGACCAGUGACGAUGGAAGGUGUCUUGAGGCAUAAGCCGUCGAAGUUCAGCGGAAAGCUACUCCUAAUGAGGUCAAUGCUUGGCUCAAGGAAUUGUGUGAUGGUAUUGUUUGAUUUAGGAGACCCCCAUUCAUUCAUGUCCAAGGAAUGUGUGGGAAGGCUCGGGCUAGUAGUACGAGAUCUGGGGUGCGAUCUGAUUGUCGCAACGCUAGCAUCUGGACAAGUAUCCACUAACUCUAUGUGUGUGGGAUGCCCUAUUGAAGUGGUAGGUCGCAGAAUCAAGGUGAAUCUCAUUUGUCUGUCUUUGGAAGGAUUGGAUGUGAUCUUGGGAAUGGACUAG